CGGGCGCCCGCCCCGCGCCUCUGCUCGCCAUGGGCGUUGCGAUUUGCGAACGGCGUCGAACAUUACCUUGGGGUAUCGAUCGCGAUCAUCCCUAGUCCGGACGCCACCCAGUCGCCAUGGCUUCAACAAGACAAGUGAUGGGCCGCCUGGCAGUCUUCGGUGCGCUGCUGGUCCAACUUCAACCCGCUGUGGCCAGCUUCUGGACUGUUACGCAGUACUAUGUCGAGAGCGUGUCGAGCGAGAAAGCGAUCGAGACAUGCACCACCACCUGCCGCUUCUACAGCUACACCUACACCUAUCAGGUUGAGCCCACUGUGACCCCGACUGCUUCACCCACCUCAUCAACCACUUCUACGAGCCGCUAUGAAACCGACGUCGCCAUUGUCAAGCUGUUCCUCCCUUCAGGCGCGGUUCCGGCUUCGGACAUGGUCACGACGACAACGUACGCCUACACCUACGACACCUUCAUCAGCUACGUUGUGCCUGUCACAUACACAGCACCGGCUUCUUGCCCAACCCAGUUCACGGUAGAGACGUUCACGUCAGCCGACAUUCCCUCGGUCGUCACACCUCUGCUCACGCCCACGUCAACGUCCGUAAGCACCUACAGCACCUACACAUGGGUAUCGUUGUUCUUGGCCACGACUGCCGUGCCGUCGAGCAUGUACACCGAUUCAAGCACGGCCUACCUCUACUCAGCCUACGUCCGAAGCUGCAGCAAUCCCACAACCACUCGAAGAGGGUCCUCGCCCACCGCGACCGGCUCGAGCAGCAGCGGAUCCAGCAGCAGCGACGACGACGAGGACUUCGCUGCGUAUUUCUCUGACCGCUGCAGCAGCCUAGGCGGCGGGAGUUGCGCCUCGCUCGCGACGUGGGUCAUCGUCGUGGCCACCAUUCUCCCGACCAUCUUCGUGCUUGGCUUCAUCGAAUCGUACUUCUGGUUUCGCAGGAUGAUGCUGGGCCAGAGCGCGCUCCGCGUGGGCACCAUCUGCUGGUGCCUUCUCCAACUGUGGCUCGCGUUCCUCACGCGCGUCCAGAAAGCCAGGACCCCCGAAGACCAGGCUCUCCUCCGGCAGUACUGGGCCACGCUCCCCGCGGGGACCCGGUUCAAGCUGUGGUUCAAGUGGGGGCUGUUCACCUGGCAGUAUCCCGUCGAGCUGCUAGGGAAUCCGGACGGGAACAAUCCGGCAGUGGCGAUGUUCGCGCCGCCGCCGCCGGUGAUGGGGGAGAAGCCCGGUGGCGGGGAUGAUGGCGGUUCCGAGACGACCCAGGUCAACCAGCAGUUCCAGCCACAGCCGCAACCGCAGCAACCGGCGUACAUGCCAUACCCUACCACCGGCGGCAUGUAUGCGCAGCAACAUGCGCCAGCACCGGUCCAGCAAUACCACAUGCCUCCUCCUCAGGGGUACAUGAACCCGGGUCAGGUACAGUCGACACAGCCAGCGUACCUGGCACAGUUCGCUCCCGCACCGGGGCUAGCGCCGCCCGUACAGCAGCAGCAGCAGCAGCAGCAGCAGCAGCAGCAACCACCACUACAGCAGUCAUUCCCACAACAUAUCCCCUCCCCAUCCCCGUCGCCGGCCAACCAGACGGACCCGCCAACGGCCCCAUCGCCCAUGCACACACCGCCGCCGGGCAUGGAGGGACAGGCACCACCACCACCGCAUCCGCAUCCGCAGUAGAGGGGACUGAGUGAUGGCUUGGCAGGGUAUAUGAGUUUAUUAUAUUUUAUAAGCCGUCUUUUUCUCUCCUUCAUUCGGCUGCAGUAAUCCUAGUAGUAGUUGUUACAUGUUUUAGAAGUAUGAUACCAUCAUUGAGUAG